ACUCCUGUACGGCCUGUACGUGGAUGUAACGUGAGCGGCCAUGUUGGCUCGUGUGUGUGCGCGUGCGCUUCAGUGUUUGUAGUUCUAUUGAAGUCUGAACUUUACCGAUAUUUUCCGAGGAAACGAUAGUUCCAUGCAACUGGAGUCGUGUUGCCUUUGAAGGUCCGUGGUUGCGUGCCGAUCCAGCCAUACGAAUCCAUGAUGGCGACCGACCACGUGCUCGAGCUGGCCGGCGUUCACUAUACGGGUCCCGUGGCCCCUCCCACAUGCUUCCAAGCGUUCACGGGUACCGGCGUCAUGGCACCCCUUCUGAAGGACAUCAACUUCGAAGUGCACGCGGGAGAGGUCAUGGCAGUCCUGGGAUCCAAAGGCAGCGGCAAGAAGGCCUUGUUGGAAGUAAUUGCCCGCCGAGCCAUGGGACCGACUCGCGGACAGAUCUUGCUCAACGAUAUUCCUGUGACGGUACGGCUCUUUCAAGAACAGUGCGGCUACGUCUCGCGCCGAGUUUCUCUGUUGCCCGGCGUCACAGUACGUCAGACCCUGGACUACGCCGCCAAACUGACAGUGGGCUCCAAGGUCUCGGGCUCUGUCAAGCGAGGAAGGGUGAAACAAGUGAUGGCUGACUUAGCCCUGAACCAGGUGGCGAACAAAGAAGUGUCGAGCUUGUCCAUCAACGAGUACAGGCGGCUGAGUAUUGCACUGGAGCUUGUGCGAGAUCCUGUGCUCGUAGUUCUGGACGAACCGACGGCUGGCCUUGAUCCGUUGAACACCUACUUCGUGGUGUCCAUCUUGGCUAACCAUGCCAAGAAGUACAACAGGAUUGUGGUGCUCACCAUGAACAAGCCACGCUCAGAUAUCUUUCCCUUCCUGGAUAGGGUUGCCUAUCUCUGUCUCGGCGAACUCGUCUACGCCGGCAACACCCGUACAAUGUUGGACUACUUCCGUAGCAUCGGCUUUCCCUGCCCCGAACUGGAGAAUCCUCUCAUGUACUACCUAUGUCUAGCAACGGUCGAUCGGCGGACACGUGAACGGUUCGUCGAGUCAAGCAGCCAGAUCCAGAACCUGGUUGAGAAGUUCCGUUCAGAGGGCAGCCGCAAGGGGCCAGCUCUUGACCUGGGCCAUACCAUUGAGACUUCAUACAAGCUACCACUCACAGCGUAUGGACAACCUUCCGGAUGCCAGACUUUCUGGGCACUUUAUGGUCGGAUGUGGGCGUCGUGCUUCAACUGUAAUGGACGCGCGUUCCGAGACCUGUUCCUGAGGGUCGGGCUUCUUCCGCUACUUCUGGCAUUCCUGCUCCUAUUCUAUUUCCCGCUAUCUGGCUACCAGCAGAGCUUCCUCACCAGAAAUGGACUAUUCCUCAACUGCUUCCUGGCUACAUCACUGUUGGGAGCCGCCGUUACUGCAGUCACGUAUGCUUCGCACCGGACCCGCUACUACCAAGAAAGCCGCGAGGGGAAAUACCGAGGGCCACUCUUCGUUUUCACGCACACAUUGUUCAGCCUGCCGUUAAGCCUUAUCACUGUGUGGGCUGCAUCGUCUAUUCUAUACGUCGGUACGCAACUCCGACCCGAAUGGGAGCGGUGGGCCACUUUCUGCGGAGUUCUGUGGGCCGUGUACGCCUUUGCUGAACAGUUGACUGUGGCGGUGAUGAUGCUGGUGAAGAGCUCUUUCGCAGCGUUCCUGACGUCUGCCUACAUCCUCGUCGUCUGCAUCGCACUCGCAACGGGAACAGUAAGGAGCCUGGUGGUCCUGCCAGACUGGGCCUACUACCUCACGUACGCGGUGAUGCACCGUUACGCUGGUGCCUUCCUACAACAAAACGAGUUUGACAUGCACCCUGGCUUGGAGUACCUUCCGUCGCUAAACGGUACCGGCUCCUAUUCGUGCGGGCCGAACGUCGACCCCGGCAGGUGCUUCUUCAUCAACGGCACUCACUACUUGGGACACAAGUUCCGCACCGGUCGUGGACAGAGCGAAGUGGACAUCCAGUACUGGCUCAACUUCGGACUUUGUUUCGCCUUCGUGGGUGGUUUUUACGUCGUCAACGUCAUUUCGCAUAUCAUUCCAUUGCCUUCCUCGAUCAAGUCGAAGUUCAGGGACUGAGAGGUCGCCAUCGAUUUGUUGUCGUGACCCAUAUCGAGAGAGAGAGAGAGAGGCAUCGGUAUUUUUUACUUUCUCCUUUCUCUGUCGAUUUAUUUUACGCUAGUGCUGUUGUUGAAACUUGAGAAAAAGACAUAUAGAAACGUGUGGAAGUGACUUCGUUCCGACUCCAUGAAGAAAAAUCUUUUUUUCCCGGGGAAGUCGUCGCUUCAUCUUCGUCAGGCGAAGUUGCAUUACCAUUAAUCAUGAAUCUACAGCGAGUGCGAUAUGGCUUCCCGGGGAGCAGGGAUGACGUCAAGAGUGUUUGUCAGAGUAUAACAUAUUGUAUUUUAUGACUGCGAAAUAUGCGAUCUGUUGCGCAAGUUUAUAUUUUAUAUAUGUGAAGUAGAUGAAUGAAUUAAACUGUUUACGGCUUUUAUAGGUCUGUUUCACUAUAUACGGGGGAUUAUCACAGUGGUUUAUCGAGCAUCCCAAGCACGAGGGGGGUUGAUUAUUACAGUUACAGCUGAAAUUAUGAAGAACCACCCUUAUAGGGGGUGCACAGGUAAAAAAGUUGGGGGUGCCAUGAAACAUUGGGGUAGGGAU